AUGGUGUCAGCUCGAGAGCUGAGAGAGAAUCGCAGAAUCAGAGAGCUAGAGUUUGGAGGGUACGAAGAUGAUAAUCAGACACCUCCUGUCAUGUACAACUUCUCAUCCACUAAUAAUAACGAAGUACUUUUGUGUUCAGACAACAUCCAUAAUAUAGUGGCCAAAGGUGUGCUUCUGGAAUUUGUUAGUCCAGUAACAAUUCAUACCGUGGAGUAUGAAGAAGGGAUUGCACGAGUUUUAAUUACAGAACAACUUCAAGAGGAGGCUGAAAUUGCUCAUCCUAUCGAAAAUAUCCGAUAUGUCUAUGAGACAAAGGACACAUUCCUUCCUUGGCCAAAACAUUUAAUUUUAAAUUUGGAUAAGGUUCCCAUAUUCCCGGAUGUCGCAUCCACCCAUAAAUCAUCGUCAAAGGGGAAGCAGAUAGCAACCCCUCACAGAUCACCGAAUAAAGGGAAACAGAUAUCAACUCUUCCUGCUAGUUAA